AUGCCUGCUGUUUUCUGGGCAGCUGAACUUGUUUUGGGUCUUUGUGUCACUCUCGCUUUUGGAAAUACAGAAGUAAAGUUUGCAGGCCAAAAAGAGUUUGUGGUGAAUGAAACAAGCACCUCAGUUAUACGUCUGGUUAUUGAAAGGACAGGAACACCAGCCAAUGUCACAGCACUCUUACUGCUUCAAGGGGAAGAUACUGGUGAUUUUGAGGCCACAUCUGCCGCAGCUCGAUUUCUGACAACAGAAACAAGCAAAACCGUAUACGUUGCAGUCAAGGACGAUGAUUUUCCAGAAGCUGAUGAAACUUUUGUAUUUUACCUAAGGCUGCAGGGCACUUCUGCUGAUGUGAUGCUUGGAAUUCCCAACAUUGCCACAGUAACUAUUCUGUCGAAUGAUAAUGCAUUUGGAAUUAUAUCUUUGAAUAUGUCUUCCAUAAUUAUAGUGGAUGAGGCAAGAGAUACAAAUAAAUUUGUGCUGCUUACUCUAAUCAGAAUGAAAGGAACCUAUGGGACCGUAACUGUGUACUUUGAGAUUACAGCAGGUCCAAAUUCUGCAGAUGAAGACAUCAGUCCAGCAAGGGGAAACAUCAUUCUUCCUCCUGGGAGAGCAGUGGUAGUUUAUAACCUUUCCAUUAUAGAUGACCAGAUUCCUGAAAAUGAUGAAGUUUUCACUGUGCAGCUAAUCAGUGUCGAGGGAGGAGCUGAAAUCAAUGCUACACGAAGCAGCUUUCAAAUUAAAAUCAACAAAAAUGAUAGCCCAGUGCGAUUAGCACAAGCAUUGUACACAGUGUCAGAGACAGAUGAUGUGAUUACCAUACCAGUCAUUCGUGGGAGGGACCAGUUUGGAAAAAUAAUUGGUUCUGAUGAUGCUCUGGUUUCUAUUAAUUAUCAGAUAGUAACUGGCAACAGUUCUGCCAGUGCAUUGUUACAAUCUGAUUUUAUUGAUCUUCAUCCAAACAGAACUAUUAUUUUCCCACCUUAUGUUUAUGAAGUAAAUCUGAAAUUUCAGAUUAUCAAUGAUGCUAUCCCUGAAAUUGCAGAGUCAUUUCAGGUUGUGUUACUUGAAGAUACGAUAAAGGGAGAUGCAGUGUUGUUUACUCCCAGUACAGCUCAGAUUAUUAUUGAGCCAAAUGAUAAACCUCAUGGGGUUCUCUCCAUUAGCAGCAGUCUUUUGGCACAUAAAGUUGUUAUCAAUGAAGACGUGACAACAAGAUUUCAUGGAAUUACCAUUGUAAGAAACGGUGGGACACAUGGUAACGUUUCGGUGAAUUGGCUUAUUUCAAGGAACAGUAGUGACUCUUCUGCUGUCACUGUAGAUUUAAUGCCAGCUUCAGGAACUCUGAACUUUGUGGAAGGACAGACACUGGAAACAGUGCACCUCACCAUCAUUAGUGAUGAUUUACCGGAGGAAGCAGAGGCUUACCUUUUCCAACUUUUGAACAGUACAAUAAAGGGAGGUGCAGAACUAGAUGAACCCAUGCAAAUUAUUUUCUAUAUUCAGGAUAGUGAUGAUGUCUAUGGCUUAAUUAAAUUCCAUUCUAUGGAAGAACAGAAGAUAGAGAGUAGCCCUGCUGGGCGGUUUCUGUCGUUGAGUUUUGCCAGACGUAAUGGAACCAUUGGGAUUGUGAAAUUAAACUACACAGUACUGUACAUCCCUCCCGGUAUUAUGGAUCUUUCUAAAGCAAAGGAUGAUGUCCUAAAUGUUUCUAUCAAAAACGAUAUUAUCUUCAUGCCAGGACAAACACAGAUAAGCCUCAAGCUACCAAUAAGAAAUGAUGCAUUCCUUCAAAAUGGGGCAAGUUUUUUUAUACAGCUUGAAACAGUGGAGUUAGUAAACAACAUUCCUCUUGUUACAUCAGUGAGUCCCAGGCUGGGUGAUCCUCGAAACAUCUCACGGACAGUUACUCCUAAUUUAGCCAAUGGAGAAGUUGGAUUUACCAGCAAUGAAACUCUUCUUGUUUAUGAGCCAGAGAACUCUUCUGAUAGUCAGAUAUAUAUUGCAUUGCAACGAGAUGGAACUGAUGGCUCUGCAGAGGUAUACUGGCAUCUGAAACCUACAGGGGUUAAUCAUCAUGAUAUCACCAGUGAUGACCUUAGCCCAAUCAAUGGAUCUGUUAUAUUCUUAUCAGGCCAGAGCAACGCUACAAUCAACAUCACAAUAAAAUCAGAUGACUUGCCUGAAAUAAAUGAGACUUUGAUUAUCUCAUUAGACCGAACUAACCCUGAAAAUCAGAUUGUGAAAUCAGGAUUUACCAGUAGAAAGAUAAUUAUUUUACAAAAUGAUGACCCAGGUGGAGUUUUCGAAUUCUCCCCACAAACAAGAGGACCAUAUUUUGUUAAUGAAGGUGUUGCCUUUGAGCUAAAGAUUGUCCGAUACCGUGGGGCACUUCUGAAGCAAUUCUUGCGCUAUGUUGUGGAGCCAAAAAAAUCUUUUGAGUUUUAUGGGAACACAGGAGUUUUGGAAUUUGAUCCUGGUGAAAGGGAGAUAGUAAUAACAUUGUUAGCAAGGCAAGAUGAUGAACCAGAGCUGGAUGAACACUUUUCUGCAAUACUCAACAGCCAUAGUUUACCACCAAGCAAAUUAGGAACUGCUACACAGAUCAAUAUUACAGUUUUGAAGAAUGAUGAUCCUCAUGGUGUGAUACAAUUCAUCACUCAAGAAUUUACUGAAGCUAUAAAUGAAAGCAAGGGAGAUACUUUGUACACAGCUAACUUUCCUGUAAUCCGUGAUCGAGGAACAUUUGGCAAUGUUAGUGUGUUCUGGACUGUGGACCCUGCUUUCACAAAUGAUGUUUACCCUGUCCAAGGUGUGGUCAACUUCAACAAUGCAGAAUCGUCAAAGAACAUCACUCUUCAGUCCCUUCCUGAUGCAGUUCCUGAGGAAAUAGAAACCUUCGCAGUCAUCCUUUGGAAUACCACUGGAGGUGCCAGGCUUGGGAAUGUACUUAAUGCAACUCUUCUUAUUAAUAAAAAUGAUGAUCCCAUUUAUUUUGAAGACCCAGUUAUCCUUCGAGUCCAAGAAGGAAGUGUUGCCAAUUUUACAGUUACUAGAAAUGGAUCUGCUGACUUUGUAGCUGCUGUUGUUUACACUGUUGAGAGCGAAGGAGCCUCCAUUAGUGAAGGAAACAGCAGCGAAGGAGACUUUCUUUCUCUGAAUGAAAAUACCACACUGGUAUUUGAAGUUGGAGAAAGGACUAAGACUAUUUCUGUUGUUAUUAAUGAAGAUGAUAUUCCUGAAACAGAUGAAACAUUCUACAUUAUGUUGCUUCAUUCUACAGGAGAUACUGUUGUGUAUGGGACCUCAAGGGCUACAGUUAUUAUUGAAGCAAAUGAUGAUCCUAAUGGAAUCUUUUCACUUGAACCAUUUGAAAAGUUUGUAUUUGAAGGAAUGACCAACAGUUUUAUGAUUCUAAGACAAAGAGGAAAAUUUGGCAAUGUUUCUAUUUCAUGGCAGCUGUUUAUCAAUGACUCUUUCUUGGAACCUGGACAAGAGUUUUUAGAAACAUCCGGGAUUGUGCUGUUCACAACUGGAGAACAUGCCCGUGCUAUAACACUCUAUGCGCUUCCUGAUGGAAUUCCAGAAUUCAAUGAAAUUUAUGUUCUGAGAUUGCUAAGUGCUUCAGGAGGGUUUCCUCGUCCUGGUGCUCAAUUAUCAAAUGGCAGCUUAAGUGCUAAUGUUGUGAUUCCAUUUAAUGAUGAUCCAUUUGGAGUUUUCAUUCUGGACCUAGAAAGUCAAGACAGGGAAGUUGCGGAAGACGUUCUGUCAGUUGAUGAUAUGUCUUAUAUUACAAACUUCACCAUUCUGCGACAAAAAGGCACGUUUGGGGAUGUUCGAAUUGGAUGGGAGAUACUGUCCAAUGCAUUCAGACAUGGACUGCCUGAAAUGACAGACUUUAUACUGGUUGGAACAUUUCCCAGUUCUGUUGAAUUACGGCCUCACACAAGGCGACAUCACACGGGUACAGAUGCUCUUUACUUUAGUGGGGCAGAAGGCGUUUAUGGAACCAUUCACCCAGAAUAUCACCCAAGGAUGAAUAAUACGCUUGCAAGUUUUACAUUAUCUGCAUGGGUAAUGCCUAAUCCCAAUACUGAUGGGUUUAUCAUCUCAAAAACAAACAACAAUGGCAGAAUUUAUUAUGCUAUGAAAGUGAUAACAAAUGAAUCUUCUGUGUUAAUAAUGUUCCACUAUACUCUGCUGGGGUCAAAUGUAACUCAUAUUGCCACAGUAACAGCAUUGAAACAUGUGGAAGAAAAGACUUGGAUACACAUUAUAAUUACGAUGGAUGAUGGGAUAAUUGAAUUUUAUUUGGAUGGGACUCUGCUUCCUGGUGGCAUUAAGAGCCUCAAAGGUGAAAUGAUUGCAGAUGGCCCUGGUGUUUUAACUGUUGGGGCAGAUGCUGAUGGGAAGAACAGGUUUACAGGACUAAUGCAAGAUGUGAGAUUAUAUGUUUGCAAGCUGAACCAAACAGAAAUCCAUGAAAUUCAUGCUACUCCGGCAAAGGCUGACUUGCACCCAAUAUCGGGAUACCUGGAAUAUAGACAGGGAGAAAAAAAGAAAUCAUUUAUAGUUGCUGCAAAGGAUGACAGUGAAGCAGAAGGGGAGGAAUCUUUCACAUUAAAAGUGACUACUGUGCAUGGUGGAGCCAGAAUAUCACAGGAAAAUACCACAUCCAAGCUACAAAUACAAAAAAGUGAUAAUGCCAAUGGAUUGUUUGGUUUCACUGGGACCUGUAUUCCACAGACAUCUGAUGAAGGAUCAACGGUAUCAUGUGUUGUGGAAAGGACCAGAGGAACCUUAGACUAUGCCUAUGUGAAUUACAAUAUCUCGCAAAUUGAAUUCAACAACAGCAAUAUUAGUGAUCUUGUCAAUUCAAGUGGUGUUAUUGCCUUUCGUCCCUGGCAAAGCUCAGAGGUUUUGAAUGUGCACGUUGUUGAUGAUGACUUACCUGAGCUUGCUGAACACUUCAUUGUUUCAUUGAUUUCUGCAAUAUCUGGAGAUGGAAAAAUUGGCUCUACUCCAACGAGUGGGGCCAGUAUAGAUCCGGAGAAGGCCAGCACCAAAAUCACUAUAAAAUCCAGUGACCAUCCAAAUGGUUUACUGCAGUUUUCUACUAAGCUACCACCUGAUAGAAUCACAGUUAUCCCCCCUGCACUCUCUGUACCAAGCGUCACUGUGAAGGAGGAGGUUGGUCUACUCAGAUUGCUGGUAGUUCGUGCGCAGGGUCUUCUGGGAAAUAUCAUGGUAGCAUACCAAACUGUCCCCCUGACAGCUUCCAGUCCAUCUGAUUAUCAGGACACAGCAGGCAUUCUGGAUUUUAAGCCUGGAGAGCAAUAUAAAUACAUAACUGUAAAUAUAUCUGACGAUUCUGUUCCUGAACUGCCAAAAAGCUUUAAGAUGGUCCUUCUGAAUUCAGAAAGAGAAGUGGCUGAACUCUUUGGCAUAGGUACCAGCGGUAGUGGUGAUGUUGAGGUGGAGUUCUUCCUUCCAGCUUUCCACACUCGUGCCAGCCUUGGGAUAGCAUCUGAAAUCAUAGUGAUUAUUGAUGCCUCUGAUGACGCCUAUGGAGUGUUCCAAUUCAGCAAUGACUCUUUGCAUUUGAAUGGUACAGAACCUGAAGGGGGUCAUGAAAUUGUUUUAUUACAGGUUGCACGAACUGGUGGCGCCCUGUCCCAGGCUACUUUAUUUUGGGAUGUUGUCUCUGAUCCUUACAAUAAUUUGAUUAAUACCAAUGGCAAUGUCACAUUCGAAACAGGACAAUCUCUGGCCAGCAUUGUGCUGCAGGUGGCUUCAGAUGAAGUUCCAGAAUUGGAUGAAGAGUUUCUGAUUUACAUCAGUAAUGUUUCAAAAGGUCGCCUGGGAAGUCUAACAAAUGCUACCUUGACAGUUCUAGCUAAUGAUGACCCCUACGGUGUGUUCAUCUUUUCGGAAAGAAGUCGACCAGUCAGAGUUGAAGAGGAAGACCAGAAUGUGACACUGACAAUUGAGCGGUUAAAUGGAUUCAUGGGUAUUGCCAUAGUCACGUACUCAACUGUGGAUGACACAAAGACAACUGAUCUGCCAUAUUUCAUUGCUAGGGGAACAGAAGAAAGUGAUUAUCUUGCCAUAUCUGGGUCAGUAAUCUUUGAAGCCAAUCAAACAGAAGUUAAUGUAACCAUUCUCAUACUGGAUGAUGUAGAACCUGAGCGGCCAGAGUCAGUAUUUAUCCAGUUGCAUAAUGUUGUGCUGCUGAAAGGGGAGCAGGACAGACCAAUUGCUGGCUCGCCACGCCUUGGAUCAAAGAAUGACAUCGUGGCUCACGUGAUAAUCAAUGCCAACGAUGAUGCAUUUGGGACUCUGCAGCUUUCUACUUCUGCUGUGCGAGUUUCUGAAAAUUAUAUUGGACCAAUAAUCAAUGUGACCAGGACUGGAGGCAUAUUUGCAGAUGUUUCUGUAAAAUUCCAAGCUUUGUCAAUGACAGCGAGAGUUGGUGAAGAUUACAGUAUAGCAUCUUCUGAUGUUAUCUUACUAGAAGGAGAAACAAGCAAAGCUGUGCCAAUUUACCUCCUUAAUGACAUAAUUCCGGAACUUGAAGAGUCAUUUCGGAUUGAACUUAUUAAUGAGACCACAGGGGGAGCUGUUCUUGGAGCUGUUACACAGGCAACCAUUACGAUUGAAGCUUCGGAUGACCCUUAUGGAUCCUUUGGUUUUGAAAGGACAGAAUUUAUUGUUGAAGAGCCAGAAUCUAAAACUACAAAGAUAAAUCUGCCAAUUGUUCGAAAUGCUGGAACGCUUGGUACGGUCACAGUCCAGUGGAUUGCCACAAUGAAUGAACAGCAAAUUACCAGUGAUCUUCAGGUGGACUUGGGUGAGGUGACUUUUGCUCCAGGACAAACUAUUCAAACCUUACAGUUGGAACUCCUAGCAGAUGAUUUCCCUGAAAUUGAAGAGGUUAUUCAAGUGCAGCUCACCCAUUCUACUUAUGUAAGCUCCAUUGGGAGGGACAGUGUGGCGAAUAUUAUUGUUCCAGCCAAUGACAACCCACAUGGUACUGUUCAUUUCACACAAAUGGUGUACAGAGUUCAGGAACCACUGGAAGGAAAUUCAAUAACAAAUAUCACAGUGAAAAGAAGCGGAGGCCAUUUUGGACAACUACAAAUAUUUUACAGCACCUCCAAAAUUGACUUUGUGGACCUUUUGUUAAAAGAGGGACAGGACAUAUUCUCUUACUAUGAACCCCCAGUCACUGGAAUUGCAAAUGGCCAAACUAUUCUUCAGGAGAAUGUUUCUCUGGAGAGGGAUGCUUUACGUGCGUGUGCAGCUAUUUGCCUAAAUGAAGAAGCUUGUUUAGCCUUCUCGUUUACAAAUAUCUCUGGGAUAUCAAAGUGCUUCUGGAUAGCUUCGUUGUCUAACAUACUGACCAACAGCACAGAAUUCACAACAUAUCUCAAGAAUAGUUCAAGCGUGUCUGCUCUUCUGAGUACCCUGGCAACAGCUGGUAGUGAUUAUGAGCCUGUCACUGGAUUAUGGUCGACCAUGCAUGAAGGCGAUGAGUUUGCAAAUCUCUCGGUUUCAAUACAAACUGACAGUACACCAGAACGCGAUGAAAAAUUUGCCAUUUUGAUUUUAAAUGUGGAACUGGUGAAUGAAAUGGUUACUCCAGCAAACCAACCUACAAUUGGCCAACCAAAUAUCUCCACUAUUGUAAUAGUUAUGAAUGGAGAUGCAUUUGGGACCUUUUUGAUUUACAGUACAAAUUCUAAUGCCACAGAUGAAGGGCGUUAUCUUGAAGUAAUGGAAGAAAGUCAGACAACAGUGCAAUUGGUCAUAGAUAGGAGUGGUGGAAGUCUUGGUGAGGUAACUGUGGAGUGGAGCGUGGUUGGUGGCACAGCUACAACGAACAUUGAUUUUAUUGGUGAUGGUGAAAUUUUAACAUUUGCAGAAGGUAGGGUAGUUAUAAUAAUCACAUUAAUAAUUGUGGAUGAUGAAGAACCAGAAGACAAUGAAACUAUUCUAGUCCGUCUAACACACACUGAAGGUGGCAGUCGUAUUCUGCCCAGCUCCAACACUGUCACUCUGGUCAUUCUGGCCAAUGAUAAUGUUGCAGGAGUAAUUAGUUUUCAGGCAUCUUCUCGGUCUGUCAUUGGAUGUGAAGGAGAAAGUUUGCUGUUCUGGAUUGAAAGGAGUGGUCUUGGACAGGGAAACAUUACUGUUGACUGGAUCAUUUAUGGGAAACAUGCUCAGGAAGAUUUUGUGGAUAUUAAUGGGACCCUUUUUCUUUCGGAAGGUAUUUUAAAUGCAUCUCUUCUUGUCCACCUAUUUGAUGAUGGUAUUCCUGAAGAAAAGGAGGAAUACAGAAUUAUUUUGUCAAAUAUAAGAACUCAAGGUGUUCCCUCAACAGGUGCAGCUAUUAUUGAUAGCCAGGGAUACGAAGCUGUUCUUACAGUGGAGGCCAGUGAUGAGCCACAUGGGGUAGUGAAGUUUGCUCUGUCGUCUCAAACUGUUUCCAUUCAGGAAGGAAAUAAAACCAUUCAGCUGUUUGUCAGUAGAGAAUUUGGAUCCCUAGGUGCAAUUAACAUCACUUUUGAGACAGUCCAAGGGUCGUUGCUCUCUCUGAACCUAAAUGAUGAGUCACUAGCUGAGCCUGGUUUUGAUUAUCUGUCUGUGUCUGAUUUUGUUAUAAUGGAGGAAGGGGAAGCCACUACUUCCAUAAAUGUCACUAUUUUACAGGAUGAAAUUCCUGAGUUGCAGGAGUUCUUCCUUGUGAAUCUAACAUCUGUGGAGCUCAUCUUUGAUGGUUUGACCCACUUCCCUCCUAGACUGGUUUGGUUUUAAUUCCUAGAUGCUGCAGGUCAAGUUUCCCUGAUAACUGUUGAUGCAAAUGAUGGUGUAAAAGGCAUCAUUCAAUGGCACAGCACUAACUUUGAGGUGAAUGAAACCACAGGAAACCUAACCUUGCUGAUAUAUCGAGAUAAGGGUACAUAUGGGAAUGUAUCACUGCUUUACUACACCCAGAAUCUAGGAGCUCGAUUGGGAUGGGAUUUCAAUGUGACAUCAAUGAGUAUUUUUUUUGAUGAUGGGGAAAGAUACAAAUAUGUUGAGAUUGCAAUUCUUGAUGAUGAUAUUCCAGAAGGGGAUGAGCAUUUCCAGCUGAUUCUCUCGAAUCCAUCUCCCGGACUUGUACUAGGAGAAAGAACCACAGCUACAGUGACCAUCUUUGCCAAUGAUGAUGGACAUGGGAUUCUGUCAUUCAACAACACUGAGCACUUUUUCCUUAAGGAGCCAACAGCCCUUGGUUUAUCAGAGAGUGUUGCAACACUGCACAUCAUACGGAACCCACCGCUGGGAACAUUUGGAAUAGUCACUGUUCAGUACAUUGUCACAAGCAUGAAUGGAUCUGAUUCUUUGCUUGACCUGGAACCUACAAAAGGUUUUAUCGUUUUGGAUGAUGGUGUGAGAAUGAAGAUUCUGCAGAUUUCAGCAAUAUUGGAUGAAGAAGCAGAGAUGGAUGAACAAUUCUUGGUCACUUUGUAUGCUCCUACUGGAGGGGCUAGACUGGGAGAGAAAGUACAGACCCUGAUAACAGUCCUUCAGAAUCAGGCACCAUUAGGACUCUUUAAUAUUUUCCCAUUAGAAAACAGGACUCGCUCAGUGAGUGUGGAUGAAGGCAAUAGCACUUUGUAUUUAAAGGUUUCUCGAAGUAAUGGUUUGGAGAAUAGAGUCUUUGUGGAAUGGGAGACACAGGCUCGAACAGCAUUUGGAUUAAAGGGUGAUAUCCAAGUACUGUCCACAUUGCAGAAUUUUCCUGAAUCAUUCAACUCAGGUUGGUGUUUUGUGACAUUAAACAACACCCUGUUUGGAAUUGUUCUUCGAGUAUCUGGAAACAGCUCCAAAGCAGAAGUUUUAUCAACACUUUAUCAAUGGCAGGGUGUGUUUGUCCCAGUGCAGAACUUCAAAACAUGGAAACCUACAGGUUGCACAACCUUCAUAAAAAAUGAUGCAUCCUACAUAAUCAUUACUCACAGUGGAAUAACAGGAGUGAAAGCAACCAACAACAGUGUUUACAGAUUUACGCUGCAAUCUGAAUUAACAUUGAUUCAGUCGUUGAUAGUAUCCGAAACCAGUGAUGUGAAACACUUCACACAGGACAACCAGGAUUAUUUGAUCAUUAGCAGUCAAGCGGACACUCUUGACAGUAAUUCAAAGGUCCCGCCACAGACGGGAUCAGAAAAUCCUGGCCGUGAGGAGGAUAAUGUAGAACUUCAAAUGGUCAUAGGAGGAGUACAUCAGGAUCGUGGAGCCUGGCAACCUAACUGUAUGCCUCAUGGCUUACGGAGAGCGAAGAUGACAGAGAAGAGACUGCACAUUCAGCAAAUGGAUUCUCUUGAUGUUGAUGUAGUUCACCAGGUGUUGCGGCAGAAACCUGAGCCCAUGGACCGACUGAGGACAAUGAAGGCGUAUAUAAGCUUCUCUUGUGAAGAAAAGCCUCCACAAGAACUAAUUGUCGAACCAGGUUACGUUUACCCUUUCUGCAGAUUUCAUCUCCUGCUGACUGGUGAAAACCAGUCAAGCCUCUACGCAUGGAAUUCAGCAACUAGUCAAUUUAAAUUGGUGCUGGAUCUCCCGCCAGCAAAUCAUAUGCUUUCUGUCACUGCUCCUUCACUUAAUGGAACCAAAACUCUCAUUGCUGCAGCAGGUGAUUUGGAUUCCUGGGUCUAUGAGUUAGUUUCUAUAUCUAACCAAUCAGAUUUUAUUCCAGGGUCUGGUGAGCUCAUAUUUGAACCUGGGGAUAAAGAUGCUGUGAUAGCAAUAAAUAUUCUUGAUGAUGGUAUACCAGAGGAUGAUGAGAUUUUUGCAGUGAGGCUCACAAACGCAAAAGGAGGUGCUGAGAUUGGUUCUAAUGAUCAAGUAACUAUAGUCAUCCAGUCAAAUGAUGAUGCACAUGGGAUAAUUGGUUUUGUACAGAGUUCUUUGUCCAAGCAAGUAGAAGAAUUGGGACAGAACAGUAUGGUUACUCUGAGUAUUGAACGGCUGCAAGGGACACACAGACUUGUGGCUGUAGAAUGGACAGUCAGUGGAAACAUCAAUGAUAUCUUUCCAACUUCUGGAGUAUUCACAUUUACAGAGGGUCAAGCACUCACUACAGUUUCGCUUACUGUACUGGCUGACAACAUUCCAGAAGUAGCUGAGAUUGUAACUGUAACACUUGUGAAUGUCACCACAAUGGGUGUGCAAGACCAAGCAAAAGGAGCAACUAUUGACUUCAACAAAAGAAAUGCUAUCUUAACUAUCCUCCCAAAUGACUCUCCCUAUGGUGUGGUUGGGUGGCACAUAAACUCGCUCCAUGUCCCUCUGCAGGAGCCUGAAUUUGAUGCGAUUAAUAUCACUUUAACAAUUAUUCGUGAACAAGGAUUUGUGGGUGAUGUUGCUGUCCAAUAUAGUUCAAAAACAGACCCUUUGUUCCUACCUAUUAAUCAAGCAACUGCAAACCAGGACUACGUUGCAAGCCAGGGCACAGCAAUUAUAAAGGAGAAUGCCACAGAGGCUUUGAUUAGAUUUACAAUAUUACCUGAUAACAUUCCUGAAUUACGUGAAAGCUUUCUAGUUAACAUUACCAGUGUAAAACUGGUUGAUUCUACACUUAUUGGAGGACAACCCAGUUUAAAACGCUUGGGAAUGGAACUGGCAGAAAUAACAAUUGAAGAGAAUGAUGACCCCAGAGGAAUCAUCCAGUUCAAUGUAACAAGGGAUGAAACUGGUUCAGUUGUUGCUUAUGAGGCGGCCCCUCCAAGAAACCUGCUACAAUUGCUGGUGAUCCGCAACGCUGGUAAAUUUGGGGAAGUAAGUGUGGCUUGGGAAGCACAUCCUGGAAGUGCCAAUUUUUCAGAUUUCACACCAGCCUAUGGAAGUCUUACAUUUGCUAAUGGAAAUUCUUUUGCUGUUCUGGAGAUCGUUAUAGUGAAUGAUAACCUGACAGAAUUUCUGGAGACAUUCAGUGUUAUCCUGACUCAAGUGAUAGGUGGUGCCAAAUUGGGAGAUGAUAUUGUAGUUAUUGUCAGCAUUCCAAACAAUGACUCACCUAUUGGAGUGUUUGGAUUUGAGGAACGAGCUGUGACUGUUCGAGAGCCACAGACUACUGAUGAUCCAGCUGGUCUGGUGUCCUUUACAGUCGGUCGUGAUGAUGGUCAUGGUUCAGUCCAGAUAGUAUGGCAGGUGGAUGACUCUGCAAUCGAUGACCUUGCACCCCUUUCUGGAACAUUGUCCUUCAAUCAGACUGAGAACAAAAAAACACUUGUGUUACGAAUUUAUCCAGAUGUUCUUCUGGAGGGAGAAGAGCAGUAUAUGAUUCAGCUUGUAUCUGCUACUAGUGAUGCAGAAAUUUCUCCUGUAUACGGAAGUGCCACUAUCAUUAUUUUGGGUGAUCAUGCAGCAUCUGGGAUGAUUGCCAUAGCUGAAUCAACCAAGCAUAUUCUAAUUGGAGAACCAGUCAACAGCUACAAUGGGACUGCUCUAAUAAUAUUAGUGCGUGGUCCAGGAAUUUUUGGUGAAGUUAUAAUUAACUGGAUCAUAACUUUGGCAUUUCGGGAUGAAUUUGUUGAAACAGGCGGAGCACUUUUAAUGCGUGACAGGCAGUCAUCAGCCACCAUUUUGCUACAGGCAGUAGACGAUGAUAUUCCUGAAGAGAAGCAAUAUUAUCAACUUCAGCUGACAGGGGUCAGUGGUGGUGCUGUGAUUAAUGACACAUCAAACUCUGCUAACAUCACUAUGGCAGCCAGCGACUUUCCUUAUGGUCAAUUUGCAUUCUCGCAUGAACACCUUCAAAUCUUUGAGAAUGGAGAACAGGCCAACGUUACCAUUGUACGAUCCCAUGGCAGUUUAGGCCGUGUUCGCCUGUGGUAUCAGACAUAUAAUGGGACUGCACUGAGUGGCAUGGAUUUCACCUCUAAGUCUGGACAAUUGUUAUUUGAAUCAAGAGAACAGAUAAAAUGGAUCCCAAUUGAAAUUCUCAAUGACAAUAUUCCUGAAGGCCCUGAACAUUUCUUCAUCAGCAUUCUUAAAGUAGAGCUUCUAUCAGACAGUUUUCACGAUUUUACUAUUGGAGAUCACGGCCUACAACCAGAUCAACCUCCUCUGCUGGGUAACAUCUCAUCUACUAGGAUAUUAAUACAAACAAAUGACAAUGCAGAGGGUAUUAUAGAAAUUGAUCCUAAAUUCCUCAGUAUUGAAGUUGAGGAGGACAUUGGGAUACUUGGAAUUCCUUUGGUAAGAAAGUGGGGAACAUAUGGAUUUGUCACAGCAGAGUUUACCUCUCGAGCUAUCACAGCAGCUCCCAAUGGAGAUGACUACAUCCUUCCUAACAGUACAGUCAUAUUCUACCAUGGACAAAAUCAGAGCUUUAUCAAUGUAACCAUUAUUGAUGACACUGAAAGCGAACUUGAUGAGGAGUUCGAGAUUCAAUUGACAGCAGCAACGAGAGGAGCUAUACUUGGAACACAGCUCACCACCAGAGUAACCAUCCGUGAAAGUGACUCCAUCGGUGGGACCAUUCGAUUCCUAAACCUGACCCAUCUCAUCAUCCCUAAUCCCAAUGCAACACAGAUGUUAACACUGAUGCUGGAAAGGACAGGAGGAUUUACUGGUGAUGUGCAUAUAAAAUGGAACAUUCUGGGUCCAAACUCAGAUUCAAUCUUACCAUUGUCCAACACAGACAUAAGCGAUCCUGUGAAUGGAUCAUUCUAUUUUAGAGACGGAGAGACUGGGAAUAGAAUCAUUGAAUUGAAUGUCUUACCACAUGGAGAAAUUGAAAUACAAGAGACUUUCAGCAUCCAGCUUAACCUGGACUUUGGUCAAGCAGAAAUUGAUCAUAAAGCUGGAAAAGUGUUAUUAACAAUACUAAAGUUUGGAAAUCCAAAUGGAGUAGUUCAGUUUACUGAAGAAUCUUUGAAUAUAAAGACUUACCUGGAACCAUCUAAUCAGGAAGAACUGUUAAAUAUUACAUUCAUUAUAACAAGAAUUAAAGGAACAAUAGGGGAUGUGAAGGCACAUUGGUUACUUCAGAGUGAUUCUGAUAUGAUGGGAGACUUUUUUACAAUCAACGGCACAGUCACUAUCCUAGAUAUGCAGUUAAAUGCAGAGAUUAACGUUCAGCUGUUGGCUGAUGACAUUCCAGAAUUAGAUGAAGUUUACAUAAUUAGGCUGACUUCCGUGGAAGGAGGAGCUGAUCUGAACAAGGAAAAGGACAGUUCAAGAUUUCAUGUUCCCGCAAACGAUGACCCUUACGGUUUGUUUGCCAUCUACUCAGAAGGGCAAACUGUGAUCGUUGAAAGUGACUUGAGUCGCUAUUUUCAGAUUAAUAUUACAAGACAUGGUGGGACAUUUCAAGAUGUGAUUGUGGAAUACAAGCUGAUGUUUCAUGGACAAGAUGGAUUUUUGGGGACCGUGUUGGUCAAAGAUGGUGUAAGAUUUGCUGUUGCCAGAGUGCCAUUUACAAAUCAGACUUUCCUUGGACUGGAUUUUGAUGCUUCAGUUGAAUUAAUAAAUGUGAGUCUUUUAAGUGGCAAUACUUCCAUUCCUCCCCAACUGUUCAAUGGGACAGACUCUGCCAUUAUAUUUGUCCCAGAAGAAGCAGCAAAUUCUGAGGUUGGCUUUGAUUCUUUGGUUCUUCAAGUCUCAGAUGUUUCUGCUGGCACAUGUAGGGCUGUAAUAUCACGGAAUGGUGUGUAUGGACUUGUUGUUGUAGAGUGGAGCAGUGGCUACCCUGCUGGUAUGGUUCCUGAUGGAUUUACACCUGGUAUUGUCAAACCUGCAUUUGGUUCAGUUGUCCUUUCCCAUGGUGAGAAGAGCAAGCCAGUGUUUCUCACUGUACCUACUACUAACUUUACGGGAGUGGAAUCCUUCGCUGUACAUCUGUCUGCGGUACACAGUAAUUUUUCUGGUAAAGCUGAACUAAGGUCAGGAUUCACUGUAGCUGAAAUUGAGCCAAUUGGAAUCUUCCAGCUUGCCCCCAAUUCAAGACAAGUCAGCAUAGUAGAAGAUGCAGACACAACUACUUUACAUAUCCAGAGAUUGUUUGGUUUCCGUGGCAAUAAAACAAAACUGACCUAUUACACAACAGCAGGAAGUGCCAAACCUAACGAAGAUUAUGAGCGCAUCCAAAAUGGAGAACUCAUUUUUACUUCACAUCAAAUUGAAGCUGUUAUUGAGUUGUUUAUCAUCAAUGAUAACAUUCCAGAAAUAGAUGAAAUAUUCUACCUAAAUUUAUCCAGCAUUGAAGUUCUGGGUUUUAGGCCAAAUAAUACAGAAGAAAAACCUGGCUUGAAUCUAGAGUUUAGUGUGUCAUCUAUAACCAUUAUUGCCAAUGAUGCUACUAAUGGUGUUCUAAGUAUUGGACCCACUGUGAUUCACACAGUAGAGGAUACUGAGAAUACUACAGCAAGUGUAGUGUUCCUUAACAUUCGAAGGACACUGGCAUUUACUGGGAUCAUCAGUGCAAGUGUUAUAAUGUUUGGAGAAAGAAGGGUUGCAGAUGGUUCCCAAGAAAGCCCAUUCCAAAUCAUCCAGCAAAAUUCCACCUUUUCCUGGGCCAGAGAAGGAGCAGAUUUUGAAGAUGCAGCCUUGAAUGUAACUUUACAGGACGAGCAAAGGGAGAUCAGUGUAUCCAUCAGAAUUUUAGAUGAUGAUGAACCAGAGGGGCAAGAGUUUUUUUAUGUCUACCUAACAGACCCUCGUGGAGGUGCACAGAUUGUGGAAGGAAAAGAUGAAUAUGGAUACAUGGCUUUUAUGAAGAUCAUUAUCUUAGGAAGUGAUGUACAGAAUGGCAUUGUCGGUUUUAUGUGGGUCCCCCAGAGUAACCUAGUGUUGGAUGAAGACUCUGAACAGAGGAAGGUUCAGCUAACGAUUGAGAGGCAAAGGAACAGAUCCUUUGAGGAUGUGAAGAUUUCAUGGCAUGUGACAUUUAAUAAAACAGAUGUUGUACUGCAAAGCGAUGGGGUUAAUCUGGUCAAUGAGCUGACGGCUACAUCAGGAAUUACCCUCUGUGUUAGUGGAGAGACUGAAUGUACUAUCAUCAUUGAAAUCAAACCAGACGAGGUCCCAGAGGCUGAAACGUGGUUUCUUGUGGAAAUAUAUGAUGUGAGUGCAGGGGCCAGAAUAAAUAGCAGUGCUCGAUUCUUAAACAUUACAAUUCUGGAGAGUGAUGAGCUUCACGAGUUGUUCUUCUUCGCUGUGGGAUCUCGGCUUCCUGUCGUUCAUCAGAAAGCCACAUUUGUCAGCUUGCAGGUUGUCAGAGAGGCUGGUACAAAUGCAGUUAUCAGUGUUAGCUAUCAUACACAGGAAUUAAGAAAGGCUGAGCUGGUAGGUCAAACCUUAGUAAUGCCAGCUAUUGCAGGGAUGGAUUUUGUGAAGUCGGAAGGCAUUUUGACUUUCCAACCAGGGCAGUCGAGCGUUGCAUUGGACAUUGUCCUUACUCCAAAGCAGGCAUCUUCGAAUCCAUUGCCCAAGCGAUUUCAAGUGGUGCUCUACAAUCCAAUUGCAGGAACUCAGCUAGAUAAGGAUUACAACAUAGCAAAUAUCACAAUAGUCACAGACGCUAACUCACAGUUCUUCUGGGGUUUGGUUGAUCAGUUAUACCAGCCCCUUGAUGAUGACUUAAUAAAUCAAAUUCUUCAGAGACUGCAAAACAAGAUUUACAUCGAGACCACAAGAGAACAACUCAGUGCAGUAAUGAAAGUGUUUGAAAAGGUGAUACAGGAAGGAGAGAAGAGGCCAGUCAGUGCCGCCAAUAGACAACUACUUUAUAAUAAUCUUUGUGCACUACUAGAACCCACACGCAAGGAUACUAAAGGAUUCAGUCAGCUGGCUGAAGUAACUGAGACGUUUGCCUUCUCUCUCCUCACUGAUGUAGAAUGUGGAUCACCUGGUCAGAGGGGCAAAACAGUUCUUGAUACCUGCCAGUACCUCACUAUUAAAUCAUAUCACUGGUAUCCCCAGCAAAUUAAUGGACACAAGGUUGAAGGGAAAAAUGGUGAUUCCCUGCAAGUUCCUGAACGGCUGUUGGAAGUUCCUCCUUCAUCCUCACAUACCACAGGAAAUGAAAGCUGUCAACAUGUACAAUUCACAGAGUAUAGCAGCCAACAAUGGUUUCAAACCAGUGUAAAAGGAAUUGCACUCAACAAUAAAAUAUUUUCAGCAAGUUUAAAGGAUCGUGGUUCACGGCCUCUUGUGGACAACAAUGAAAUAACUUUUCAAAUUCACACUCUAGACAGUCGCAUUGUUCCACACAGAUCUGCAUGUCUUCUGUGGAACCAAGCAGCUGAAAGCUGGCUAUCGGACAACCAGUUCUGUCGAGUGAUUGAAGAUACCAGUAACUACGUAGAAUGCGCCUGCUCACACAUGUCCAUCUACACGGCUUCUGCCCAAACAGACAGUCUUUCCUUAUACAAUGAAGCCUUCUUUGCAGCUGCAUUUAUUUGCAUUUCAGGUUUUGCCCUGGCUAUUUUGUGUCAUUUGCUCUGCUCAAGAUUCUCCAUGUUUGCAGCCAAACUUCUCAUGCAUAUGAUGGUUGCCUGCCUAGGAACUCAGAUCUCAUUUUUGAUAUCCAUUUAUCUAAGUCGAGAACUCUCAGAUGAAAGUUGUUCUGCCCUUGGACUGGUAAUGCAUUACCUCUACCUGUGCCAGUUCAGCUGGAUGCUUAUUCAGUCCAUCAAUUUCUGGCAAGUGCUUGUGAUGAAUGAUGAACACACGGAUCGGCGGUACCUACUGUUCUUCACUCUGAGUUGGGGUUUACCUGCCUUUGUUGUGGCCCUGCUUGUAAUUAUCCUGAGAGGUGCCUAUCACUGGACCAUGCAGGAAAUCUAUGGGACUGUACAUGGUGAUGUGUGCUUCAUUCCAAAUAUUUAUGCUGCUCUUGCCACAGCAGCUCUGAUGCCUCUACUGUGCCUUGUGGGAGUCUUUGUGAUAUUUAUAUACGUCUAUCAGAUAAUUCAGCAAUGGAAGUCCUAUGAUGAUGUUUUCAGAGGAAAAGCUAAUAGCACAGAGGUUCCCCUUGUGCUACACCUUUUCGCUUUGAUAUCACUGACAUGGUUGUGGGGAGGCUUGCAUAUGGCGUAUAGACACUUCUGGAUGUUAAUCCUGUUUGUUAUUUUUAAUACCCUACAGGGCCUGUAUGUUUUUGUGGUAUAUUUCAUCUUGCAUAACCAACUCUGCUGGCCAGUAAAAGCAAGCUACAGCAUGGAAAUCAAUGGUCAUCCAAGUCCAGGGUCAGCUUAUCUCACUCCAGGUAGCGGUGCACCAUCAGUGGGAGGAGAGAUCAGCAAGUCCACUCAAAACCUAAUCACUGCAAUGGAGGAGAUACCUGCUGACUGGGAACGAGCUUCUUUAAGGCCUGGCAGUCAAACAAGCAGUAUCUUCAAGCAAAGUCCACAGAUUGGCAGCAUUUAUGGCACUACAGGGGGUUAUACCAACAGCAACCUGGUGGCUGAUGAGGAGUCACAGGAGUUUGAUGAUUUAAUAUUUGCCUUAAAAACUGGUGCAGGCCUCAAUGCCAGUGAUAAUGAAUCAUAUCACGGAAGCCAAGAUGGUGGAAGCAUUGCUAAUUCACAGAUCGUGGAACUCCGAAGAAUACCAAUAGCAGACACUCACCUCUAACACCAUUAUGUGCUUUUUAAAUCAAAUUUGUCCAUAUUUUUAUACAUUACAGACGUAUCUCUUUUGCACUAAAAUUUUGCAUUUAAAAAUGUAGGGCAGUGUUAUACUUUUCAAUGUUUGUACUACAGUUUUGUAAUGUUCAACUGAGAUUGACCUUUGAUUAGCCUUUAAUCAAAUCUAUUUAAAAAGCAUUUCCUGUAGGGUUUUUUAUAUAGCUAUAGAGAAGUAAAUUUUAGUCAGUGACUAACUUGUAUGUAUAAUUCAUGUAGCAUUUAGAACAAAUUCUAAAAUAAAAACAAGCAAUAAAGCGCUUGUAUGAAAUAUUUACAUCUUUCUGUAGAAGUAACACAAUAAAUUGUAUUUUGUGAUCAUUUCUGAUAGCGAAAAUGAAAAAAAUAAGCCCAAAUUAAAGUUGUUCCUAUGGUGUUA